ACAAUAGCCUGGAAUCGGCAAGUUAACUGUUGAAAAAAAGAUCCAGCCAGGAGGGCGAUAGAGCGGAGCUGAUCCGGGGGGAGAACAGAGUUUCGCCGAUACAUGAGACGGUGUGUCCCGGUAUCAGAAAAUUAUCACGGCGCAUUCUUGGGAUUUUCACAUUUUUGCAACGAGUCAAGUGGCUGCUGGUCAAAGCUGCUUUUCUGAGAGAGGAGCCGCCCCCGACUGAACGUUACCAGGAGCGGCCGGCUGCAGCCCAGCUGAAGAUGUCUGAUAAUGGGGAGGUCGAGGACAAGCCCCCAGCUCCGCCCAUGAGGAACACCAGCACCAUGAUUGGCUCCUGCAACAAGGACCCCGCCCCACUCAACCACGGCUCCAAGCCCCUCCCACCCAACCCGGAGGACAAGAAGAAGAAGGACCGCUCGAUCCGGUUCAUUCUGACAGGGGGCGGCGACAAGACCUAUAAGAAGAAGGAGCGUCCUGAGAUUUCCCUGCCGUCUGAUUUUGAACACACCAUCCAUGUUGGCUUCGAUGCAGUUACCGGGGAAUUUACUGGCAUGCCUGAGCAGUGGGCCCGGCUCCUGCAGACAUCCAACAUCACCAAACUGGAGCAGAAGAAGAAUCCUCAGGCGGUCCUCGACGUUUUAAAGUUCUACGACUCGAAAGAAACGACCAACAGCCAGAAGUACAUGAGCUUCACAGAUAAAAACGCAGAUGCCUACAGCUCCACCACGACGAGCUCCAAGGCUGUGUCUGAGACGCCCGCCAUAUCGACUGUAUCCGAGGACGACGACGAAGAUGAGGCCGAGCCCCCGCCAGUGAUCGCCCCCCGACCAGAGCACACCAAAUCUAUAUACACUCGCUCAGUGAUCGAGCCCCUCCCCCCCCCACCUCCCACCAAAGAUGCUGCAACCUCUCCCAUCUCCCCGCCGCCGUCAGCCUGCGCCGCCGCUGCCAUCCCCCCCGCCCCUCCCUUGGAAGGAGCUCCCAGCAGCCCUCCUAGUGCGAGCCCCGCCCCCGGGCCCUCAGUGCCCCGCCCCCUGGACAAAACCAGGAAGAAGAAGAUGUCGGACGAGGAGAUCCUGGAGAAACUACGCACGAUCGUGAGUGUGGGUGACCCCAAGAAGAAAUAUACGCGCUUCGAGAAGAUCGGACAGGGGGCGUCUGGGACGGUGUACACGGCUAUAGACAUCGCCACAGGACAGGAGGUUGCCAUCAAACAGAUGAACCUGCAGCAGCAGCCCAAAAAGGAGCUGAUCAUCAAUGAGAUUCUGGUGAUGAGGGAAAAUAAGAACCCAAACAUAGUCAACUACCUGGACAGCUACCUGGUGGGUGAUGAGCUGUGGGUGGUGAUGGAGUACCUGGCCGGAGGUUCAUUGACUGACGUUGUCACAGAGACCUGCAUGGAUGAAGCCCAGAUAGCUGCUGUGUGCAGAGAGUGUCUCCAAGCAUUGGAGUUCCUCCACUCGAACCAGGUCAUCCAUCGAGACAUUAAAAGCGACAACAUCCUGCUGGGCAUGGACGGCUCCGUCAAACUCACGGACUUUGGAUUCUGCGCCCAGAUCACUCCGGAGCAGAGCAAGCGCAGCACCAUGGUGGGGACUCCGUACUGGAUGGCCCCCGAAGUCGUGACCCGCAAGGCCUACGGCCCUAAAGUGGACAUCUGGUCCCUGGGCAUCAUGGCCAUAGAGAUGGUGGAGGGGGAGCCGCCGUACUUGAAUGAGAACCCGCUGAGGGCACUGUAUCUCAUAGCAACCAACGGGACGCCAGAGCUGCAGAACCCAGAGAAGCUGUCGACGACGUUCAGGGACUUCCUGAACCGAUGUCUGGAGAUGGACGUUGAGAAGAGGGGGUCAGCGAAAGAGCUGCUGCAGCACCAGUUUCUGAAGAUGGCGAAGCCCCUCUCCAGUCUGACUCCUCUCAUCGUGGCCGCUAAGGAGGCGGCCAAGAACAACCGCUAGAGAGGCCGCCCCCUCUGUCUGCCACCCCUCCCACCUCCCUCUUCAAACCUUUUCCACUGCAGACAGGGGAGCCGCAAGGCCUACCGUCUUUCGCUCCCUUCUAUUUUCCUUUUCAACCUGCACCAACUGCUCUUUCCCCCCAUGUGACCUUUGACCGUUGAAGCUUGAACUCACAGAGAGGAUGAUGGGGAAUUUGUACCUGUGACUCUCUGUCCGACACUCCGCUGGACUCGAUCACGAGGACAAGACAUUAUCUUUGAUGAAGUGAUGUCAUUGCUUACAUCAUCGCCCCCGCAGUCGGUAUGAACAACCCGAGAAGAGCAAGCGAGAGAGCGAGAGAGAGAGAGCCCAAAGACUCUUUGUUUUUGAAUUUUUUUUAUUUGUCUGUCUGUUUUUUUUUUUUCAAAAGACCAAGACAGCCAACCAGCACCCUGAGCUGCAGACUGUGUGUGUGUGUGUUAGCUAUAGUUUUAGCUUCAUCCGUCAAUGGCUUUCAGUCUGACUUAUUUCCUUCUAAAGUGCAUUUGUUGAUUUUCUUUUUAACCCUUGUUUUUUUUUUUUUUUUAAAUCAAUAUUUCUGUGUGUGUGAGUGUGUUUUGUCAACCAGAUUAAGUUCAUGUUAACAUUACCUUCAAUAGUCUUUGGACACGGAGCAGGUGAGGUACUUUGUGGUGUCUGCGCUGUGAGCUGGAAGAUGUUAUUAGGAGUUAUAAUUAAGUAGAGGCAUGGCGGGCCCACAGCCGCCGACGGACCGAGUUUGGACGCUUUGGAGCCAUUUCUUCCCAGUAGAAUGAAAUGUUUUCUAUCACUUAUUAGCUUGUGUAAAUAAUUCACACUUGCUGAAUAAAUAAUAGAUGUAGCAUUACACCCCUAUGAUGGUGUCUGUCUCCAGCUAGACAAUAAAAAAGAAAAGAAAAAAGUAAACUGAUGGACUCAAACCUUAUUUCACUGUUUUCUUUCAUUAAAAAAAAUACUCGUCGCAUGACGCUAGGGUCAUGAGGGUGUUUUCAAGGAAAUAUAAGCUUUAUUGUCUUUAUUGUCUUGAAAACAGCAGCAAAACAAUUUGCUUCUGCUUUAAUGUAGGCCGACAGUGAUUGACAGUUUGCUACAAGAGGCGUACGCGGCGUCUCUUUGUCUCGGUUAGGAAAUAACAACAUGGCGAACGUGGUAAUCCAAAAUGGAGAUGACUAAAUGAAAUGGUUUUUUUACCCACAAACCACUCGGGCCAAACUCGCUCCAUCUGCUGCUCUGGGACGUCACUGUCUGAGGGGCUUGAAGGGAGAGAAUGUGCAUGAUAACCCUUUUUUAAAUACGGUACGUUUAAUGCUGAAAAGCUAAGUGGAGCGGCACCAAGGUGCAUGUGUACGACAGGAAAGAUCGAAUCUUCAUCCAAUUGUGAAGAGGAAGAUGAGGAAAUCAAUGCUGCGAUGGUACGUUGUUAUUUUCUGCCCGGUGGCCCGUCUGGACCCCCGGGAAGCCUCUGAAGAUAAGGUGUAUAUUUUCCAUGAAAAAAAAGAGAAAAAAAAUGCUGAUAAGAAAACAACGGUUUCAGCCUUUGUUUACAAACCACUGUUUUUUUCAGAAUCGAUGUUGUAAAAUUACUUGGGAACCAAGAUUGAAUAUUUGUUUUGGAUUUCAUAUUUCCUGCUGGAAGACUUUUUUUCUCCAGGUUAAAAUCCUGAAAGAGCCAAAGCUUCCAUGGACGGUUAGCUCAGCAUUAAAACAUGCUGGAAUCCAAAACAUCUAUUCAAAGCUGUCAGUUUCCUUUCUGCUGAUUUUGUCCUUUUGUUUUUUUAAUGUACCUCUGGCCUUAAUCUGUUUCAAAGGUAAAAGACUACCUGAAAAACGAUUUGGGGCAACAGAGAAUCUUGUGGCUGCAACUAGAGAUCAUUUUGAUUAUUGAUUCAUCUGCUUAUUGUUGUGUUAAUUGAUGAAAUGAACAAACGGUGAAAAUCUUGCAAUUUCCCAGAGUUCAAGGUGAUGUUUUCAAAUGGCGACCAACUUCACAAACAAUACUCACUUUGUCUUCAUGUAAAAUAAUAACAGCAAAAUGAUGGUCGAGUUUUCUUAAUAUUAUCAAAUUAUUGGCAGAUGAAUCUUCUAAUCAUCUAAUCUGCAUAGCCAAUCACAUUGGAGCUCUGAAAUGGUGACUGUUUCCGACGUGUGUUUGUGAGUCCUGGUCUGAACUGAACCCCCCCCCCCCCCAUAUCCCAAAUCCGUUCCACCAUGUCAAUUUGGAUCAAUAAGGAACAAAUAACGCAAGAUCGAUCAUCAGAUUUAGGAUUUCUCACUACCUUCACUUUUAAUUGUAACCAUAUAUGACUCUUUUUUUUAAUUGCAAAGAGAAACUGUUUCCAAGAAUCCCAACAAAUCUCUGGUGACCAUUGGCUUUAUAAAGACUAUGACUAAAUAAUGAUUUGACUGGAUGGUGUGACCAUCCAUAAGUUCAGCUUCAAAGUGUGGGGGGCGGUCAGAUUUGGUACACUCCAAGCUCUGUAAUGGGGACUUGGUUCAGUCCAUGAUGAGAUGGUGAGAUGUGUAUCAAAACCAUCAUUUUACUGUUUAGAAGUUGUUUUGAUGAUUUGGAACUGGAAACAAAAUAAAACUGUACAAAAACUGGG